AUGAGUCCGCUGGCUCUGCUCAUUCCUGAAGACCUUGGUAACCCGAUGGACAUCCUCACCGACGACCCGGCCUACUCGACCUUCCUGCACCGCUACCUGCUCCCGAACCGGCCGGUGCUGAUCCGCUCGAGGACGGUGCUGGGAUGGCCGGCAAUCACCCGCUGGACCGCGCCGGCUGGGCAGGAGGAGCCGAGCGCCGCCGGAGACCGGCGCGCAGACCUGCCCGGCCUCGUUCAGACGUACGGCCACCUCGAAGUCCCGGUGGUCAAGCAAACGAUCCGCUCGGCGUGCCCCGAUCACCAGCCCGGGGCGCAGGCGUGUCGCUGUUCUCUGGACUGGGGUAGACGCAUCUCGGGCCAGGUGGAUGCCUCGAUGACUUUCAGCCAGGCCGCCGCGCAUUGGGAGCAGAAACUCAGGUGCCUGGAUCGCGUCGAUCAGCAAGAAGGCCCGGGAACACUUGAAGAUGAAGUGAUAUACGUGAAGGACUGGCAUUUGAUCCGAAUGCACUCGCUCCAGCAGGCCGAUCACGAGGCAGAAACGCGCCGGGAAGGACAAAAACCGGCUCCAUUUUACAGGGUGCCCGAGAUAUUUAUGGACGACUGGAUGAACGACUAUUACUCGGCAGAAACAGACGAUGAUUUCCGAUUCGUGUAUAUGGGCGAGCGGGGCACGACGACCGGGCUGCAUACGGACGUCUAUAACUCGUACUCUUGGUCUGCAAACAUCGUCGGCAAAAAGAGAUGGAGGCUGUUCAGUCCUGAGAGUGCGGAGAGCAUCACUGUCGAGCAAUCUCCCGGGGAAAUCAUCUUCGUGCCGAGUGGAUGGAGACACGAAGUCCUGAACAUCUCUCCUCUAGUGAUCAGCAUCAACCACAACUGGUGCAAUUCUGUGAAUCUGCCGUCAGUGUAUGACGCCUUGGCGAAGGACAUCGAGGACGUGAAGCGAUCGAUCGCAGAUGUCAAAGACUUGCUGAGGAACAAGUGGGCCGCGCAACUGCCAGACAGCUCCGCGGGCCCAGGGAACCCUGCUGGUGCAGGAUGGGAGCUCGAGUGGAUCGAAGUCGUCCAAGAGUUAACCAAGCAGCACUCGGGCUGGAACUGGACCACAUUUUGGGGGAUGGUCCAAUUCAUCACCCGGCGCGACUUUAACGAGGGCUCUACAUCGCCGCUCUCUGAUCAACCCGUCCCCACUCACUCACCUCCGCUGGAGUUUGUCAAGGCCCAGAUCAGCUCCUGUGUUGCCAAGUUCAAGACGAGGGACGAGUUCAUGUUGGAUACGAAAUUGGGGCUGAUCAUCCACGACAUCGAGUCUUCUCUGUCAAUGCUCAAAUAG